AUGUGUAUUGAGAAACAAAUUGAGUUCCUCUCUUAUGACAAUGAUUACUUAGGCAUAGCCUUCACAAUGAACUCUUUGAUAUUGUUUACGGUAGGGGCAGUUAUAUUGGGAAUAUUUAUUUCGUUUCGAAACACUCCAGUAGUGAAAGCCAAUAAUCGCAAUCUGAGCUUUAUUCUCCUUGUCUCCAUCAAGCUGAGCUUCCUCUCUGUGUUUCUGUUCCUUGGUCGUCCUUCUGAUAUAACCUGCAUGCUCAGGCAAACAUCAUUUGGAAACACCUUCUCCAUAGCUGUGUCUUGUGUUCUAGCUAAGACUAUCCUGGUUUAUAUUGUUUUCAAAGCCACAAAGCCUGGAAGCUCUUGGAGUAAAUGGGUAGGAGCAAAACUGUCACAUUAUAUUGUUCUUGUUUGUUCAUUCAUUCAAAUACUGAUAACGGUUUUAUGGCUGUCUAUUUCUCCUCCCUUUGUGGAAUACAAUAUAAUUUCUGAACCUGGAAAAAUAAUCAUUCAGUGCAACGAGGGUUCAGUGGUUGCCUUUUACAUUGUCCUCUCCUACAUGGGAUUGUUGGCAUCUUUGAGCUUCAUUGUAGCUUUCUUGGCUCGGACAUUACCAGACAGUUUUAAUGAGGCCAAGUACAUCACUUUCAGCAUGUUGCUCUUCUGCAGUGUUUGGAUCACAAUGAUCCCGGCCUAUCUGAGCACCAAAGGCAAAAACACUGUGUGUGUGGAGAUAUUUGCCAUAAUCACUUCAAGCUGUGGCCUUCUCUUCUGUAUAUUUCUCCCAAAAUGUUACAUUAUUUUAUUAAAGCCAGAGAUGAACUCGAAACAGUACUUACUAGGGAACCCAAAUAAAUAG